AUGGAAAAUGGAAUAAAUAAUGAAACGUUACCAUCUUGCAAUGAUUACGAUGGUUUCACACCUGUCCAAACAAUAUUUAGACUGUUUAUCUUACCAUUUGUUGUGAUAUUUGGAAUUACAGCUAACAUUUUAAAUAUUAUAGUUUUUUUAAAUAAAAAUAUGAAAUCACAACUUAUAAAUUGGUUUUUUCUAGUGUUAUCGUUAUCAGAUAUAUUUGUUUUACUAUCAACAUUUUUUGUCUUCAGUGCACCAGUAAUAUUAGAAAAUUCAACAGAUUUUAAUAUUGUUAAACAAUCUGCCAGAAUCCUUGUAGUAUGGUAUCCAAUUGCUCAAGCAUCCCAUACUUUUUCUAUUUAUAUAACAGUUAUUGUAUCAAUUCACAGAUAUUUUGGUGUGUGCCAUCCAUUUCUUACAAUGCGCCUUUCAAGACCCUCUUUUGUUCGUAAUAUAUUAAUUUUAACUUUUAUUUUUGCAAUUACAUUUACCAUUCCACGAUGGCUUGAAUUAAAAGUUGCUGAUUGUAUAAGUGAAACAUUUAAAAGUAAAUCAAGAAUGGUAUUACCAUCUAAAUUGUUAGUUAAUUGGUUUUAUGGAUUAAUUUAUAAAAAUAUUAUUUCAACUAUAAUUAUGUUUAUAAUACCUUUUGUUAUUUUGACAUUUGUUAAUGUAAAAAUAAUUAUGAGAUUAAAGGCUUCAACUACUUUUCGAAAUGAUACAUCUACAUAUAAUAACGUCCUCAGAGGUGAGGAUAGUUGUAGAAGCAGUUAUAGAAGAAAUGCCUAUGAUAAAAGUAAUAGAAACUCUGUAAUUAGUGAAUCAAUGAAUAAUGGAUUAGGUGAUAUAAAUGCUUUGUUGGAAUAUAAAAAACAAAAUGGAAGUAAUGUAAAUAUAUCUAUUCCAUCAAAUUUAGAUAAAAAUUGCCUUUCAAGAAAAACAGAUAGUAAAGAUCGAUCAGCAUCAGCAAUGCUUGUUGCAAUAGUUACACUUUUUCUUAUGUGUAAUAUAUUAGCAUUUAUUCUUAAUAUGAUAGAAUUAUUGGUUAAUGUUGGUUAUUACAGUUCUGUUUAUACUUUUUUAGUUGAAGUAUCAACUGUACUUGUAACAUGUUCAAGUGCAGGAACAAUAGUAAUGUAUAUAAUUUUUGGAACAAAAUUUCGUAAUACCCUCCUUUCUAUAAUAUUUCCAAACUCGCAAACAUAUCAAUUAUCACAACAAUCUGGUGUUCAUAGUAUAAUAAGAAGAGAAUACAAAUAUAAAAAUAGUUUAAAAAGAAGUGACACUAGGACAAGUGUUAUUAACGGAGAGAAUAAAAGUAUGAAUAAAGAGUACCUUUCAAAUGGUAAAAAAGUUAAAAAAGGAGAAAUUUUAUUUGGUUCACAAAAUUAUAUAACCUGUCUUAAAAUGGAAAAAAAAAGUGAUGCAGUAUGA